UUUCUCUGAAUCUGCACACAAAGCAUUAAGCAUUUUGAUCAGCACUUAUAUCAGCUCACCACCAUCAAACAGAAGAACAGAAGAGUUCGAACGCUUCGAACGAACGAUGCAAGCCACUGUGGUUGCCCUCGGUUCUGCUGUUUUGCUGGCGUUCGUCGCGAGUAGAGUGAGCGCGCUGAGCUUGGAUUACUAUGACCAGACGUGCCCGAAGCUCGAGCAUUCGGUGAGGAAGGCGGUGAAGAAAGCGAUGAAGAAUGACAACACCGUUCCUGCUGCUUUGCUUCGCAUGCACUUCCACGACUGCUUCAUUAGAGGAUGUGAUGGUUCCGUGCUCUUGAACUCGACGGCAAAGAACACGGCCGAAAAAGACGGGCCGCCAAACAUCUCGUUGCACGCAUUCUAUGUGAUCGACCAUGCGAAGGAAGCAGCGGAAGCUCUGUGUCCCGGGGUCGUCUCUUGCGCCGACAUUUUGGCUUUGGCCGCUCGGGAUGCCGUUGCUCUGUCUGGAGGACCACAUUGGGAUGUGCCAAAAGGAAGAAAAGAUGGGAGGAUAUCAAAAGCAACUGAUACAAGGCAAUUACCAGCUCCAAUUUUCAACAUCUCUCAGCUACAACAAAGCUUCUCUCAAAGAGGCCUUUCCAUGGAAGACUUGGUGGCUCUCUCCGGUGGCCACACCCUCGGUUUCGCCCAUUGCUCGUCGUUCCAAAACCGAAUCCACAGCUUCAACGCCCUGAACGACGUCGACCCGUCGUUGCACCCGUCCUUCGCGGCACAGCUGCGGAAGGUGUGCCCGGCGCACAACAAGGCGAAGGGCGCGGGGUCCACGCUGGACUCGACGACGACAAAGUUCGACAACGUGUACUACAAGAUGCUCCUGCAAGGGAAGAGCAUCUUCACUUCGGAUCAGGCGCUGCUCACCGUCCCGAAGACGAAAGCGCUGGUCUCCAAGUUCGCCGAGAGCAGGGAGGAGUUCGAGAAGGCGUUCGUGAACUCCAUGAUCAAGAUGAGCAGCUUGAGUGGCGGCGGCGGCGGCCAAGAGAUUAGGCUCAAUUGCAGAGCAGUCAAUUGAUUUUGCAGACAGGGUGAUUUGUGUUUGUGUGGCGAAAUCGUGAUUUCAUUUUUCUCUCUUUGGUUUUUUUUGUUUCUUUGGCUGGUUUGAUAGUGAAUGGCAACAAUUCUUUCUCUUU